CCGUCCGCGCAUGGCGCAAAUGUGUAAAGUUAUUGUGCACAAACUGUCAGCAGCGAGCAGAAAUCAAACAUGUUUUACUGGAUGAAGAGAAGCGGCGGCGGCGGCGGCUCGGAGGCUCUGGGGAACAUGUCCAAGGCCGAGAUACUGAGAGGAAUCGUUACCGAGAAACUGAGCACCGCCGCGGAGGAGAUCUUAGCGGUGGUCGAGAGAACCGUAGCCGGGUACGAGGAGGAGGCUGCGGGCUUCCGACGGGAGAUCGACCGGCAGAGGAGACAGCUGGAGCUCCUCCUGCAGCCUCGGGUCAAACUGGAGAGGAAAGCUCUGGUGUCAGAUGUGGAGGGCCAUGAGGUUGUUAUUGUGAGUGAGGGGGAGGAGGAGCAGGAGGAGGAGGAAGAGGAGGAGGAGGAAGAGGAGCAGCAGCACACACAGCAGCAGUCAGAUGUGGAGGACACUGGGAGUCUGGGCCUGCUGUGGUUCGAUGACGAUGAAGAGGAUGAUGGAGAUGAAGAGCAGCAGCUGUCGGCGCGACCGGCAACGAGCUCCAGACAGGGACGAGAAGAUCUGAAGGACCCGGAUUUUCAAAUAACAUCAAGGUUAAUUUCCCCCAGAGGUCGGUCUGACAGGAGAAGGCCCGGCAGGCCUCGGACCAGUGACGCACAGAAACAUCUAGAUCUCAGGAUCUGCAUCCUGGAGGACUCUCAGACCAGUGUGCUCUCAAACAGGGUGUUUCGGAAAUGUCCGGUGCAGGAGCUGCAGUGUCCUCGUGGGCUGCAGGAGGCGGACUUCCUGGACCUGCUGAGGUCCACCUUUCCUCAGCUGGCUGCUCAGAAACCUUUAGACUUCUUCACGACUGACAGAACGAAGAGACUGCAGCCGCUCAGAGUGACGACGGUGACGCCGGAGGAGAUCGACAGGAGCAUCAGGCUGACCGGAGCGGGAAACUCAGCCCUCUACAUCCGCCUGAAGACCGGAGAGGAUCCUGAGAGCAGCAGUGAGGACCUUCAUCCUCUACAGAGACAAGAUGAUUCUCCGUCCAGCUCUGCCACGACGUCGACUGAUCAAACCCAAACACACCACAGAGAUUCUUCUGAGAGGAGGAAGCGUGGCAGACCUCGCCUCGGUGAAGAACCGACUCACCACCUCCUUAAAAUCUGCAUGCUGGAAGACUCCCAGUCCGACGUGCUCUCUAAAAACGUGUUACUGAAAUCCUCGAUACAGGACCUGAGGUGUCCUCGUGGCCUGCAGGAGGCGGACUUCCUGGACCUGCUGAGAUCUACCUUCCCUCAGCUGGCAGAAGCCAACAAACCUUUUGACAUCUUCAAGUCCGACAGGAGCAGGAGGCUCCAGCGGCUCCGAGUAAAGACGCUGACGCCGGACGAGAUCUACAGGACCAUGAAGUCCACCGGCGUCGCAAAGACGCUGCUCUACAUCCGACUGAAGACAGGAGAGGAAGAGGAGGAGGUAGAGGAGGAGGAGGAGGAGCUUCACCUCUUACAGAGAAACGAUGAGACGUCCUCUGAUUCUCCGUCCGCUGAGCUGAUGAAGAGUGAUGAAGCCGGACUCAGUUCAAGCAGGUCGGUUCCGCACGUAGAAGGUAACAGAGUUCGCUCACAACCACCGGAGGAAGCUGAUGGCGAUGCUGCUGCAGAGAAGCAAGCGGACUCCAGCGACGACGACGAUGCCGACAACAAAGACGAGGCAUUUGAUGGAGACGACGACUGGAAACCGGAUCCCGAGCUGCAGUCGUCGAAGCCGAGGAGGAAGCGAGGAGGCAGGACGUCCGGCAGGGAGGAGAGGUUGAUCGAGAGCAGCAAAACACCGUGUAAAGUGUGCGGCGUUUGGUACAGGAUGCUGGGCAGUCUGAUCAAACACGCCUGGAGUCACGUGGAGGAACCGCAGUGCGUCUGUGGGGUGUGCGGAGAGCGUUUCCAAUCUGUGGAGGAGUUAAAGGGACAUCUCAGAAAUUAUCAGAAAACUCACGACUGCUCGUAUUGUGGAAAGUCUUUCUUCACUGUCACCGGCCUCAACUGCCACACCACCCUGCACACGGGAGACCGACCGUUCAAAUGUGACGUCUGCAACAAGACCUUCGCUCACAUGUCCGGUCUGAGCGUUCACCGCUGGGUCCACGUGGCCGAUAAACCUCACAAGUGCGAUAUCUGCCCAAAGGCGUUCGGUCUGAAGGCGCAGCUCAGAGCUCACAGGAAGGUGCACUCGGGCAGAGACAAGUACCACUGCAACGUCUGCGGCAAGUCUUUCUACGACCUGCGAUCUUUGACGCGUCACAAAGCGACUCACUCUGGGGAGCGGCGUUAUGGCUGCGAGGUCUGCGGGAAGCGUUUCAAACUGCCCGGCACAUUGAAGUCGCACGAGAAGAUACACACGGCCAGAGACCGGCCGUACCUCUGCCAUAUCUGCUGCAAGACCUUCAUGUCCAACUGCGGUUUAACGACUCACAUGAAGACGCACAGCAACGAGCGGCCGUUCACCUGCGUUGUCUGCAGCAAAGGCUUCAUAUCCAACGGUGAAUUGAAGGCGCACAUGCGUGUGCACAGCGGCGAGGCGCCAUAUGGCUGCUCGGAGUGCGGCCGCUUUUUCAAACGAAAGACUCACCUGAACAACCACGUGAGGAGCCACCUGGGCAUCAAACUGUUUGUCUGCACCGUCUGCGGAAAGGCGUGCUCUCGCCAAGAACACCUGACGGUCCACAUGAGGACCCACAACGGAGAGAGACCGUACCAGUGCAGCCUCUGCGACAAGGCCUUCACUCAGGGCCACUGUCUGAAAACACACAUGAAGAGUCACCACGGGGAAGAAAACCCGUUCCUGAGCGAAUCAACGUCCUGAAAGACGCGUUUUAACAGCCGGUUCCGUCUGAAAAACCACAUCUUUUCUUAAAAUGUGUCCACAGAAAACUGACAUCAGAUUUGUAAACUGUUGCUGAUUUAAAGGGCCGGUGUGUAGGAUUCAGUGGCAGAUUGCAGCCAUUUGAAUACCGCUCACGUGUACAAGAAACUACGCUGGGCGCAAAAAAAUUUGUUUGCUUUGUCUGUUGUGGGCUACUGUAGAAACAUGGCGGACUCCGCCAGAACAUAAAACGUCUCAUUUUAAACAAAAACAACGAUUCUUAUUUUCAGGUGAUUAAACACUAAUUAAAACAUACUUGUGAACAUUAUAUUACAGUGAUGUUACACACUGGACCUUUAAAUCAAUCAACUUUGACUUCUUUUGUUAAGAUAAUUUUUUUUUUGUAAAAACACUAAAAGCAGUGAAAAAGUGUUCAAGUAUUGGUGUUAAAAAAUUUCAAAUAUUAUUUUACUUUAGGGAGGAAAAAGAAAUUAAACACAGUCGUGAUAAGACAAUCGAUUAACCAACUGACCACAAAUGAACAAAUAUUUUGAUAUUGAAAUGUAGGAAUCAUUAACGAGCCUCCUUUUGUUUUUUCAUUAAAACAAAAAGUGCUGAAAACAAUCAAUCGACAACUUUUUCAAUAAUUAUUUGUUUUGGUGUUCAUUUCAUACCAAACUCUACUUUUUGAUUAAUAAAAACAGAAAACUAAUUUCUGGAACAACUCAUCGAUUAUUUGUUUUAGUUUGUUACCAAAAUUCAGGUAUCAUAACAGCACGAGUAUUUAAAAAGGCAAAAAGCUGAAAGAAUUUAUUGAUUUACAGAAAUAGAAGAUAAAUAACAGACUUUUAUCUGUUUUACAUCUUUGUAAACUGAAUAUCUUCAUGUGAGAUUUGAACAAAACAAACACGUAAAUGGUCAGAAUCAUACAAAUAAAUUAUCAGUUUCAGCUCUAAAUAACUUUAUGAGUUUAAAAGACGAGUUGUAAUGCAGUAUUAACAGUCCUGAACUGUUUACAGAGGGAAGAAAUCUGAUCCUUCGUUAGAACUACGAAUAAUUACAGAUCUUUAGGUAGCAGUCGUGUUGUUCUUCAUGUUGUAUUUACUGAUACUUUCCAACUCUCUACUGUCAAUGUCCAAAAAAAGACAUAAAUUUCACUCUUACAAACAUUAAACUUUGUUAUCUUUGUUGUGUAGAAACUGAAACUGUACAGUGAUAUAUAUUUUUUACGUUUUCUCGCAGUGUCGAUUAGUUAAUUAGGUUUUUUUUUACGUUCCGCUGUUGCCAUAAAACCAGCCAAUUUUAAUGUUGCGUUCAGGGCAAUGGGAAGGAGGGAAAUUGGGAAGUAGUUUAAAUUGACUUAAUCAGCUUAAACUCUGUAAUAUUCAAACCUUUCUAAGCCUUCCGCUUUCACAACCUCUGUCAACUUCCUCCUAUCCUGUACUUAGAGAUGCUCAAAAUCAUCUGCUAACGUACUGCCGACUGCUAAGUAAUGUCCAUAUUCGAGUACUCCUCCCAAAAUCUAACUGAGAUUCGUGGCGAUGGUACACAACUCUAAUUCUACAUGUUGAUGAAUGUGAUGUGACAUCCAAACACUUCCAAAUCCCACGUGGUCCUGAAUGCAGCAUAUGGUGCCUUAAAGUGCAUGUUUUCCUCCACAAGCGUUAUUCAAGUAUAAACAACCAAUAUCCUGGUUUUGCUGCACAGUGAAGAGCAAAUACUGUAUUCAACUGUAAAAAAUGUGAGCCUGCUUUUGUUUGCUAUGCUACGUAUACACGACCAAAAUAAAAAUACUUUCUGUUCAAAAA